AUGUCGUCGGAAGUGCUGAAAGCGAUCGAUCCACGUGGCUACUUUGCCGCCUUUUUCAAAGAGGGCAUCUAUCCGGACGGGCGGGGCCUUCUCGACGAGCAAAAACUCGUUUUCAAGGUGGGAUUACUUCAUUACUUCAAAUUACUUCAAAUUUCACCGAAUUUCUGCGAAACAAUUGCUGAAAUUAUUGUCAUUUCCUCAAAAAACCAUCGAAAUUUGCAGCAAGGAGAGUGCGGGGGCGUGGGCUCCUCGGUGGUGAGCACCCAGGGAGUGACCGUUUCGUGCUCCAUCCAGGCCUCAGUUUCACUCGCCAGCGAUGCCGAUCUCAUCGAUGUUCGCAUCGAACCCAAUCAGCAGAUCAACGAGGUAAAUGCCCUGAAAACCACGAGUUUUUACAAAUUUUUGCCAGAAAUCGCAAGUAUUUGCAGAAAGACGCGGAAGAGUACAAUAGUGUGCUGGGCACUCUGUUCGCCAAACAGUUUUUUGUGAAACGCGAAAAUCUGCGGUGCCGUGACGCGUCGGACCGCCCGCUUCCGCUUGAAUGGCAACUGCACGUCAGUGUCAAUGUGCUCAGUGUCGAGGGAAAUGUUUUGGACGCCGUCGUUGUGGGUUUUCAAGCGUUUUUUACACACGCUUCGUGGCGGGCGCUCCUGAAUACAUGUAAAAGCGAGUUAUUAGCAACAAAUAUAGAAACAGAUUAAAUAAGAAAAGUAAUAGGAAGUGGUUUCGUGGUCAGAGAGUUCGUUUUGGGUCAGUAGCCUCAGUAGACGAUAACUGGCAGUUUCCUGAUCGUCUGCGGCUGGCGACCAUUCGGUCAUUCCUCGGACCCUCAUCCUAUAAUGGCAAAGAUUCAGAAAAAAAAAAUCUAGAUAUGCAUAUUUUUCAGUGCUCGAUCGUGGCGGCGCUUUCGGACACGCGCCUUCCCUCAAUCCAGCUGAAUCACUCGACGGAAGACGAAUCGGCGAUCGAAAAAUCGCAGAUGAAGGUGGACGGACGGACGGCACACCGUCUCCGUCUCGAACCGCCCCUCUUCUCCUCCACUUUUGGCAUUUUCGCCGCCGACGACGGAAAAGGGACGGAGCUUCUGAUUCUGACGCCGUCGACCGAAGCGAUGCAAGUGUGCAGGGCCACGUGUUCGGUAGUCGUCGGAGCCGACGAUCAGAUGGUUCUGGUGCGGCAGCGAGGGCGUGUUGCCACGUUUUCGCUUCUCAAGGUACCGGAAAAUACGCAACCCUCAAUUUUUGAAACUUGUGUUUUCUUUCUUCAGAAAAUGUGCCAAAUCGCAGCGGAACGACGUCUCAAAUUCGUGGAAUCUCUUCAAAAAGUCUCUUAA